AUGUUUGUGGCUUGCAUACUUGUCUCCUAUCCUUUACAAUUUUACGUCCCAAUGGAACGAAUUGAGAAGUGGAUCAAGCGAAAAGUAGCUGUUGAACGUCAAGAGAAACUCAUUUAUGGUGUCCGAAUGGGUGGAGUUAUUUGCACUUGCCUAGUCGCUGAACUUAUUCCGCAUUUGGCGCUAUUUAUCUCACUUGUUGGUUCGGUGGCUGGCACUUCUCUAACGCUUGUAUUUCCACCAAUGAUCGAGUUAUUGUGCUCAUACUCAAAGGACUCUCUAACACCGUGGAUCUGGAUUCGAAACAUUUUUCUGAUGCUAUUUGCUCUGUUCGGCUUUGCAACCGGCACCUACGCCAGUAUUGUACAGAUUGUGGAAGCAUUUGGAAAGCCAGAUGUUACUUCUGUUGUUUAUUCUGGGAUAGAGAAAUUUUCACCAAAUUCUAGGGACUCUCUAACACCGUGGAUCUGGAUUCGAAACAUUUUUCUGAUGCUAUUUGCUCUGUUCGGCUUUGCAACCGGCACCUACGCCAGUAUUGUACAGAUUGUGGAAGCAUUUGGAAAGCCAGAUGUCUGA